AUGCAGGGGGUACGUCAUUUUUAUAUGACACACGAGAAGAAACCUAAUUCGUAUCCAAUUAAAAGUGGUUAUGUUUACAAACAAGUUAAUAACCAGCCGCCGAUGAUAUUGUCCUUUGCUAAUAAACGCGGGCGUGAGAGACAGUUUGGAGACAAAGCAAGUGAUCUUCGGGAUGCGACGGCUAUGAAAAGUUUUCAUACAAACAAUUUUGCCAAUCAAACGCGCAAUAGACCCCUAUUCGAAGCUGUUAAGAAUAUUAACAACGAUAUGCUUAUAAGAAAUCCUAAACGAGAAGCUGUGUUUGAAGAUAAGGAAACAAGUAAUACACUUUUAAACUACGAGAAGGACAAUGAAUUUCUCAACGAUCACGAAGAUGUACGUACUGAUUCAAGGAACUUCUUAUGA